GAUUGUCAUUGUUUUAAUUACAAACCGGAUCUAAUUUGCAGACGCCAGUAAUUAUCAAUGAUAAAAUACGUACAGUAACAUUUUGAUUUGGUGGUGUACUUGCAAGUUGCAAAGUAAUAUGGCUUGCUGCUGCAAACGGAAAGGGGAUGUGAGAAAAUGCGUACCGUUCUAUAUUAUUGGCGGAAUUUUAUGCAUAAUUGGUUUACCGCUGAUGAUCGUCGGUAUCGUUGCUGAUUUCGCGGGAGCUGACUCAGUUGGUUACAUUGGUGGUGUGGUCAUUUUCUUCGGACUGGGAUUCUUUUUACUAUGGCAUAUGUUUACGAUUGAAAAUAUUGACAAGAAUUUGGAUCUUGAUUAUGACCCUAAUGUAAAAGACAUUCGAGAUGUAGUUGAAAAGUCGAGGAUACGAGAGUCAACUUCAUUAUCUGCGAUUAGCUUCCAGCAAAAAAAGACUGGAGUUUCAAACUUGGCUUUUGAAGGUGAUAAAAGCGCUGACUCUGCAGUCGUGUUAACUGCUGAUGACGAAUCGCUUCACUCGCCGUCGAGUGCAAUCUCAAAAAAUGGAGAAGUAAACAUCACUGACAAUAUUUCUGUAAAACGGGCGCCUCCACCCUUUUAUGAGUACGAUAACGCAGCGUUGGAAGUCGGUGAAAAGGAUGACGAUGGUUCAGGUGCUUCAUUUUUAAGUAUAUCGAAGAUCGACAUUGGGAGUACAUCGUCUAGCGCGAGGUCCUCUUACAACGGUACUACUACAACAACCAUGCACGAAAAUAUAGAAAUGAUUUCAGAUGGCACUAAACAGAAAUCUUUGCCGGUAGAAAUCGUAUAGCAGAAUAUAUUGAACUGAGUCAAAUCCAAUCCCACUGGAAGAAUGCCCCCAGCAUGCUUUUGAACGGAACACAAUGUAUCUUCUGGAGCGUGUAAAAGAAAAAUAUGCAAGACCGACAACCAAGUAUAAGUCAAGCUUCAAUUUUCUUUCUCAAUUAAUGAGCUUAUAAUAUACACAGUCAGACAUAAUUUUAGAUUUGGAAUUGUUCGCGAAAGUCCUCGCUUAAUAUCUUAUGUUCGCAACUAAUUUUGCGUUAGGCCUACUUGAUUCAUAUGAAAAUUUUCUAUUUUGCACAAUGCCUCAACACUAACUAGAGAUGGUAAGUAAAUUCGAAUUUACGUUACCAGUGUCUAUUUCUGGCAAGAUGUGUCCCACUGUCAUUUGGUUAUAAUUCUGACUACUAUUAUUCGCAUUGUCGAAGGAAAGCAUGUUAUUUUAAUUGAAUCAUUUCUUAUACCGUAUAUAUCAGCGAUUCUCCGUCCAAAAUUCUAGAUCCUUAGCUAUUUAAUAUUUAUCAUGUUAGAAUAGAGAAGCAGUGGAAACCGCAAUUUUGAAUUUCAAAAUGCUUUAGAGAAAAAUAUAAUAUACUAUUAUGCUAUUGCAAUAGAAUAUGAGCUACUUUAGAAUAUUAUUUUUAUUGAAUGUGCCUUGAUAUAAUAUAUUUUAUUGCAUCUAGCUCUUUCGAACUAAAUCGUUCCCUAACUUUACUUUAUUUAAUAUCAUGCAAUGUUCCCUAUUAAUUGUGGCUGCGUUAUAAAAUGCUUUUCGAGUUUGAAAGUUUUUUUUAAUGAUAUGCGGAUAAUUUUCAAUGUAUUGCCUAUCUAAGAAUGCGCCAGCAAGGAUACAAUAGAUAAAAACCGUGGCCCUCUUCCAAAGACUCUCAACACCUGUGGCCCCAUGUUCUCAGUAGAAAAAAACCUACUUUUUUUUAAGCGUUUUUUUCAUCAGUUAUUUUGUGCACCACUUUCGAAAAUAAAAAAAGCCAACAAACGGAAGUAAAAUAAAAUGCAUUCCAGUCAAUAAAGUAAACAAACUACAACAUUCUUCCUUUUAAUAAAUGUAUUUAUAACAAUGAUAUCAAGUCGAGGCUUUUACUCGUGGCCAACGGAUAACCAAUCCGAGCACCCUCGAGGACCCAGUUUGAAAACCCUGGUUUAUAUCAUUUUGGGCUUAUGUUUUCAAUUUGCACUUUGAACAGGAAGAUCUUUAGAUUCUGUCCUUAAUUAUAUCAUGCUAUACUCUGAGGUAUUUCAUUUGAAUAUUCCGCUUUUACCUUUGUUGAUUGCAUAGACAAAACUUUUCGUUUUGCUCUUUUUUCAGUACUAUGCCUUGCCUUCAACAAUUUUUCAUAUGCAUAAAUGAACUAUAUAGGUUCUGUUAUGUACACUCUUUCUGUACUAUGCCUUUCCAUAUAUUAUUGUUUAUUUUUUGACGCUUUAACAAUACACUGUCUAAAGUAAUCUCUCCAAUUUGAGACAAAUAAUUUACCAGAUGAUAUGUCGUGUA